GUGGCGCGCGGUAUGCUAUAGGACGGCGCGCGCGCCGUCGCCUUUCUCUCUGAGUCCUACUGUUUACAUCAAGAAUAACUCCCGAGAGAAUAGAUGCCACCAUGAAGCGCUUCUUGGCUGUGUUUUUGCUCUUGUCGACGUGGUUACACGCGGUGUGUGGAAGACACCCAACCUGUAAUUUUUACCAGGAGCUGCAGAGGGCAAAGGAAGAGUGCCUGACACGGCUUAAACAGCAGCAAAGCACCAAUCCCAGCGGUUCUGGCUGUAAGGGCUUCUGGGAUAAUAUCUCCUGCUGGGAUGGAGCUGAGGUUGGGCAAACUGUAACCAUUCCCUGCCCUCCUGUGCUUAAAACACUCUUCAACCGCAAUGGGAAUAUCAGUAAGAACUGCACGGCUGAUGGUUGGUCUGAUGUUUUCCCCAACAUCACCAGCGUGUGUGGCUCUGAGACACCUCAGGACAAGUUGGUGUUCUACACGGUGGUGAAGACCUUAUAUACUCUUGGUCAUAGUUUGUCUCUCAUUGCGCUGACAACAGGCAGCGCCAUCCUCUGCAUGUUCAGGAGGUUGCACUGCACACGCAACUACAUCCAUGUGAACCUGUUUCUCUCCUUUAUCCUGAGAGCUGUGGCUGUACUGGUGAAGGAUAGUGUGUUGUUUUCACACAGCACACACUGCAGCAACCAGCCCUCACUGGUUGGCUGCCGAGCAAGUCUGGUGUUCUUCCACUACUUCAUCAUGGCUAAUUUCUUCUGGCUGCUGGUGGAGGGGCUUUACUUGCACACACUUCUGCUUGUCACUUUCUCCGAAAGCACACGCUUCCUGUCCUACCUGAUGAUCGGCUGGGGAGUCCCUGCGCUUUUUGUGUUUGCAUGGAUUCUGACAAGACAUCAGCUAGAGGACACAGAUUGCUGGGAGCGGAAUGAUCACCCAGUGCCCAUAUGGGUCAUCAAUGGACCAAUUGUGUUUUCCAUGAUGGUAAACUUUAUACUGUUCAUCAGCAUCAUUCGUAUUCUGCUGCAGAAGCUGCGCUGCCCUGAUGUUGGAGGUAAUGACCAAUCACAAUACAGGAGGCUGGCUAAGUCCACUCUGCUGCUGAUUCCUCUGUUUGGAAUCCAUUAUGUCAUCUUUGUUUCUUUAAAUGAGUCUCUGGCAGACUACAAGAUCUUCUUUGAUCUGGCACUAGGCUCCUUUCAGGGUUUGGUAGUGGCCAUCUUGUAUUGCUUUCUGAACAGUGAGGUGCAGUGUGAGCUGAGGCGGAAAUGGCAGAGUGUAUGUCUAAACUGCCAAAUGUGGAACUACACUUCCCAGAAUUCCUGUGUGCUCCGGAAUGGCUCAGAGACAGUGGUGUCCGAGGGAACGUCCAGGACUGCAUCAGCUUUGCAGACAGAAACUACUGUGCUCUGACAGAGAUGUUAUUUCAGAUGUAUGUGCGUGUUCUUCAGCUCAGACAUGAUUGCGGAGGUACUUUUUGUCCAAAACUGUAGGUUGUUCUGAAAUGUUUCUUUAUUUAAAAUCCAGGAAAAGGCAUUUGAGUGUACAGUGGAUCUAAAAAGUCUACACCCUUACUGAAAUUUUAGGGUUUCUGUGAUGUAAAGCCAGAAAUUCUAAAACAUUAUGUCCAGAGUUGGGCAAAAUACUUUGAUAUCUGAAUACUGUAAACAUUAUUCUAAAUGUAUUCAGUAGUGUAAUUUCAUUACAAUGUAUAAAAAAGAAACAUAUUUAGAAUACAUUUAGAAUGCAUGCUGAUAUUGCUUUUAUCACCUGCUUCAAUCCUCUGCUGCUCCUAUAAUCCCACUGCUAUCUUAUUAACUAAGCAAACAGUUCUCCAUAUCCUAAUAACAAAGGCUUAUAAAUUUAGUGCGUAUAAAAUAGGUUGCUAUGUGAUUUUCCAUUAAUGACAUGUAUGUAACUUGCCACUAAACGCCUGCAUGAGUCCAGUACAACAUCGACAUUAAACUUAUCACUCGUGAACAUGUUCACUACUAAGAAGACAAUCAAUCAUUCUUAACACUAACACAAUCCAUAACACUGAGAUUACUAACUGACCAUCACAUUGAUUUAUCCAUCUACCCAGGCUUUAGCAGAGCUCAGUAAGACUG